UUGAGUGACAUCUCGUCAACUUGUUGAUAAAGCAGCGCUGCAGUCAGCUGACGGGUCUCGUGACGCGCAGCGGGAGUCUGCACAAUAAAAGUCCCCUACCAGUGGGUCGUUUAAGCUAACUUUAUUAGAGUUUAGGUUGGUUCGUCUUCUCUAGAUGCAUUCUGAAACGUUUCCUGAAAUGCAAACAGGUUUUGAGUUUUUACAGUUCCUUGCGAGAUUUGCGACAACUUGAUUGAUUGUCUCAUGUAGGCCUACUGUAAACAAACAGGCUUAAUAUUGGUUAUUUAAUGACAUUUGUUAGUGUUCUCAAGUCAGCCAGCCUGAAGCAAUGUUCAGUGGAACCAUUUAAAUUGGAAAGUGGAUGGUCUCCAGUCAUGUGAUGCGACACAAGUUGCACUGGUGUCUUGUUUUCCAAUAAUUGCCGAUUGUGAUUUAGAGGACUGCCCUUCACCAUGCCUCCCGUCCCAGUGGUGCCUGAGGGCCAGAGUCAUGUUCUGGCGGAGUUCGACUGCCUCGAUCCGCUGCUUUCUGCCCUUCGCUUGGAUUCUGGCAGAUUGAAGUGUACCUGCUUGGCAGUGUCCAAAAAGUGGCUGGGCUUAGGGACCUCUGCAGGAGGUCUGCACCUCAUUCAGAGGGAAGGUUGGAAGCAGAGACUUAUUCUAACCCACAAGGAAGGAUCUAUUAUUCAGGUAGCAUGUUGCCCCAGCGAUGAAGACUUUAUUGCCGUGGCAACAAGCCAGGGCCUGGUGGCCGUGUGGGAGCUGCAGCUGGAGCGCCGCGGGCGCCCCGAGAGGGUCAGCGUGUCCUGGGAGCACCGCGGGCAGCGGGUGACGGCGCUCUGCUGGGACAGCGGCUCCCUCCGCGUGUUCGCAGGAGACCAGGGAGGCAAGGUGUCCUUCCUGCGCGCCGGCUCCACCAAGCUGAGCAAGGCAGCGACCUUCGUGAUUUUCCCCGUUCAGACGGUCACGACGGUGGACUCCCGGGUGGUUCAGCUGGGCUACCAGGAGGGCCGUCUGCUGGUGUCCUCGCUGAGCCGCUGCUAUCUGUGUGACACGGAGAGGGAGAAGUUUUGGCGCAUUGGAAACAAGGAGCGUGACGGGGAGUACGGCGCCUGCUUCUUCCCCCAGAGCCGCAGCCCGGCGGGGGGGCCGCCCCCGCUGCUGUACUGCGCCCGGCCCGGAUCCCGCAUCUGGGAGUCCAGCUUCAGCGGUGAAGUCCUGAGCACCCACCAGUUCAAACAGCUGCUGGCCUGCCCCCCACUGCCCCUCAUCAGCUACAGAAGUGAACCCCAAUACGUCCCAGCGCAGAGGAGCUCGCAGUCUAUCGCCUUCUCAAAACUACUUUAUCUAGGAGAUCAACACUUGCUGACCUGGACCGACUCGGCCAUCUACAUCUUCCGACCCCAGAGUGGCCAGGUGCUUCUGUGGAGUGAGAUCAAAGAUGUGGUGGACAUUGCAGUGCACCGCAGCGAGCUCUUCUGUCUCCACGGCAACGGGCAGAUGUCCCACCUGUCCCUGGUGUCGGCGGAGCGGUGUGUGGAGCGGCUGCUCCGCAGGGACUCGUGGGUCCUGGCCGCCAGCGUCUGCUGCAUGUUCCCCCACGCCCUGGUGCCCAGCAGGACCAGGAAGUUGGUCCCCAUCGACCGCGUAGAGCACCUGAAGACCCAGCUUAGCCCUGCUUCCCACCCGGAGCUCCUUCGUCAGCUGGACGAGGUCAUUUCCAGGCUGGAGCCUCUGGACUCCGCCUCCAGCAGCCGCCGGAGCAGCAUUUCCUCCCACGUGAGUUUGGAGAGCUUCAACGUGUUGGACUGUGGCAUCUACCGGGUGAUCAGCCGCAGAGGCAGCCAAUCCGAGGAGGAGACGGGCUCCUUCAUCAACCAAUCGGCGUCAGAGGAGGACAGGCUGAAGGAGUUUGCGUUCGGCCCGGAGGAGGACCAGGGGGAGCAGGAAGCCCAGGGACCAGAGGCCGAGCACCCCGAGGCCGAGCGCCCCGAGGCCGGCCUGCCCUUCCACCUCAACCUCCCCUUCGGGCCCAAUCAGCCACGCAUAGCCCUGCAGGCCGUCAAAGACAGUGUCUCUAGUUUUGUUAAGAAGAUUAACACUCUCCAGAUGAACACAGACCUUUGGCAGCGCUCUGAGGCCCAGCUUGAAGUGUUAGUGGCUACAUCGCCAUCGUCAGAAGACAUGGACCAUGAAGUUUGUACCGAGACGGAGAAUGAACUGCAGGAACUCCGAGCAGCAACGGAGCGGGCCACCCUUCAGAUCCAGGACCCCUUCGUGCUGAUGGACCCCGCCGCCCUGGGGGACGUCCUGCGGGAGUGGCUGCAGGUGCUGGAGCGAGUGCUGGGCGUGGAACAGCCGGGCUCCACCAGUGAGGACGGGCCGCUGAAGGAGGUCCGGACCAGGGAGGAGCGGUCGAAGCCCCAGAGCCUGGAGCAGCAGCAGCAGGGGGAGCCGCCUCUGUGCUCCUCCUCAUGGGAACCCAUCGGGCCUGAGACAGGCGAGCAGCCACCACUCCCCGAGAAGGAGAAUCAGGGUCGGGGCCUAGAGCCCGAGUCCGGCGUGGAUCCAGAGUCCACUGAGGAUGAGGAGGAGGAGAAUGCCGGAGAGCGUCAGGAACGCUGCCAGAGCAGCCCGGUGCCCGCCGGAGGGGGGCCCGCCGGAGGGGGCGAGCCCGUCCGACCCGAGCCCGUCCGAGUGCAGCCCCCCACGCCCCUGCCCUCGGACUUGCUGGGAGACCUCACUCCGCUGGCCACCCUCUACCUGGAGAUGAGCUGCUUCAGGGGGCAGGGGGAGGAGCCAGGGGUCCUGAGUGCAGCCGGCUUCCUGCGGCGCUACUUCUUUCUGCUGGACGCCGAGCGUGUGCGGCGUGCGUGUCUGCUCUGCCACGCGGAGCGGCCCGAGAUGCAGCGCUCCUUCAUCGAGGCCGUGCAGGAGCUGACCCGCUCCAGUAAGGUGGUGGAGGUCAUCCAGAAGGGGGACCUGCUGAAGUCACUGCGAGGCCUGAGGGAGCUGCAGCCCUGGUCCGCCCCUGAGCUCCUGGCUCACACACACAGGUUGUAUGAGAGGCAUGGCGAGGCGGCUGUGCGCUCCUUCUCCCAGUUCCACCCCGCGGUGACGCCCGCUGACGUCGCGCUCAUGGCCCAGCCGCCUCACUUCCUGGCUUACCUGGACAACCUGGUGCAGUCGCAUGCCGAGGAACUAAGAUUAUCCUUUUUGGGCUCCCUCCUCCAAUCAGAAUCUCUGAGACAGGAUUGGUUGGAGCUUGGUCUUUCCCAUGAUGCCCCUCAACCCUCCGACACCCUCACCGCGGACGGCCAGCCCAGGUGGCAUUCCCAUUUCUUCAGCUGGGGCUACGGGCGCCUCCUCUCUCUGCUCAUACAGCUUCCUGCCGACCUGUCCUCCAAGGAGACGAUGGCGGAGACCUGUCGGAGCCGGGGAUACUGGACUGGCUUCCUGUACUUGUGCUGUGAGCUGCAGCAACGCACGGAGGCCUUCUCCACUAUCUGCAGGCUGGAUGAUAUGAGCCUGCUGGAGGAUCCACAAGUGGUACCGCAGACCGUCCAGGAGUGGAAGGUACUCAUCCAGCUGUCUCAGCAGUGCAGCACUGAGCCAGAGCCCGCUCCCCCCACCCCCAACGGGACCUCCACCCCCAACGGGACGGCCACGCUCGUCAACGGGUCGGCGGAGGGGCGCCGGCGCCAGGUGACCCCGGAGAACCUGACCCUGAGGCUGGCCCAGAGCGUGGGGCCGGAUCGGGCGCUGGAGGUCCUGGAGGAGUGCGGCCUGCCGCUGGCCCUGAGCCCCCACUCGGCACUGGUGUGCGAGCUGCUGCGGGUGGCGGAGAAGAGACAGAGAGCCACAAUCCAGACCAUGCUGGAGCGCUGUGACCGCUUCCUGUGGUCCCAGCAUGCCUAACUCCGGCCCCCCCCCCCGCCAGCUAAGCUAGAGCAUCAUGUAUCCGGGGAGCUGUGGUCCCACCUGCUGUUAUAACUGUGACCUAACCUCAUAAUAUGAGCAUGCACAAGAGCUUAUCAAACGGUAUCAUAUUAAUAUAAUACACACGCCGACAGUAUUAUUGGUCAUCUUGCAUAAUUUUUUUGUAGAGUGUUUAACAUGCCGAGCUCCUUCAGGCUAAUGCUCGUAACUUCUUUCAUAUGAAUGCAGGAAGAAUGUUUGCUUUUAUUUAUAUACUUCUCAAAUGACCAAUUUAAUAAAGAUUAUAAUUGUAUGUAUUAAGUGAAGACUGGGCCAAAAUGUUAUGAAUAUUGCUCUUAAUAAAGUUUUAAAAUCCUGUUUGUAUGUUGUUGAUGAACUAAAGGUUACAGCUGUCAUCAGAACAUACCGGACUGGGUAGGAUGUUGGCUUAGGUCACUUCCUGUAGGCCUACGUUCUGUUUAUACACCUGGGGACGGGAUACUCUCAGAGCUUUGAUCUAUGUUCGGCCUGUAAGAAAUAGACUGGUUUUCCAGUCUAUUUUCCAUCGAGCAGAGAGUGGGUCAACAGAGGCCGCGUUAAUAACACCGUAAUGACAUAUGAUGGAUGACAAGGAACUGAUGCUAUCACACACCUGGACUCAUCAAAGGGAAGGGGAACUCUGAUAACAUAUGUCUUUGUUUUGAAGUGCUUGACUCAGGCUGGUCUGACUGUCAUCUGUGGUUUUAGUCUAUAGUUUACACUCAUAGUUAUGGUCACAAUACUUCACAAUUAUUUGCCGAAGGCAAAGUGAAUAGUGGGGAAUAGCCUAUUCCCCACUAUUCAUGGAGCCUGAGGGGAAUUAUUGUUUUAGUGAGACUCGUUCUUCAUGAAUUUCCCUAAUCCCUCUUCUCUCAUCUCCUAUCUCCCCUCCCUCUGUCCGAUCCCAUCCAUAACACCUGCUUGUGUCAUUGGAAACUGGCUAUGGUACCAUCAGAUUGAAAAUUUUGGCAUGUAGUUACGACAUUGACAUAUCAGUUAUUGAAUGAAAAUUCUUAAAUUAUAAAAUGUAUAAAUUAUAUUGG